GUAACGUGGUAGGACAGCAACCCUACACGCCCGGAGUUCCAUGUACAAAGUGCGCCAGUGGUCAGGGUUGGUGCUACAAGAACCUUUGCAGAGAAUGCAAGAAUUUUUAGCCCAAAAUGUGGAACGACCUACUCGAAAGGCAUGUGCCUCACAAACAGAGACUUGAUGGAAAAACAUUGCCCUAAGCUGUGCAACCUUUGCAGAUGUCCUUUGCAGUGCAAAAAUGGAGGACAGGUUGACCGUAACACUUGCACUUGUACGUGCUAUGGCAAAUGGAAAGGCUCCGAUUGCUCUGAGAGGAUCUGCGAUGAAGGGUGGUACGGAGAGAAAUGUGAAAAGCGGUGCUUCGACAAAGUGGGAACAUCCACAUGCCAGUGGCGAGUCAAAAACGGCCAUCCAUGUUCAGUAACGUAUAUGAAGCUCGACUGCGUCAAGACUUGUGUUUGUGAUCUCAUGCCAAAACCAAAACCAAACCCACCACCGAAACCACCGACAAAAGUCCCACUGACCGUCAGACCAACCCAACCCAACCCGGGAUCCGGCGAAGACUGUGAAGAUAGACACUCGGCCCCUAACCAGUGCGAGUUUUGGGCGAUACUCGGAGAAUGCCAGAAGAAUAAAGACUGGAUGAGACAGAAAUGUAUGAAGAGCUGCGGAGCUUGCAAUUGCCAGGAUGCGUACAACACCGCUAAGUGUAAACAGUGGGCUGACAGAGGGGAGUGCAAGAAAAACCCCAAAUGGAUGGAGCCCAAUUGUGCAAGGAGCUGCCUUGCUUGUGACUGUUCUGACAAACACUCGAAAUGUAAGGAGUGGGCAGGUCUAGGAGAAUGUGCAAAGAAUUACGCAACAUGGAUGGAGGAAAAUUGCAAAAAGAGUUGUAAUAAAUGCAAUGUCAAGGGUUGAUUAGAUCUAAUCUGUUCAUUCCUGAAACUCUUUUAGCUUAGGGCGAGAUUCUUUUCUGUCUAGACAUGCAGUUAAACCACUCGCCAGGCUUAGUUCAGAGCGAAUUUCACCAUGCAUGAAUAUUUUGUAGCUGAAUGGAUGUCUGAGGCGUUGAUUACACCAGUUUACUUUGACAUUCCGAAAACUGCAUAGGGACAGUUUUCAAUUGAAUUUCGGCAGACCAAAUCCAAAGUAAUCACAACGGCCGAUCAGUAAAAACGUUAACAUCGUCAUUAGCCAUUAAGUACUCAACGUAAAAAGAAAGGAUUAGAGAUUGAGGCACGGGAAAACCAGAGUAACCGUCGCGAUUAGUUUUGGUUUUGAAUCCGACUGGUCGAGAGAGUGGUGCGAAUUUUCUUGAAGAAUGACAAAGCGAAAUUAGGAAAAAACAAAGCGAUAGCGGAUUACGUUCGAUACUCAAUUGAAAAAAAAGAAAAAAAAAAACUCUAUUAAUGGGAGGUAUCUUUAACAACUGAUAGGAAAUACCUUGGACUGAAUAACGCCCGCAUGGUGGGUUCAGUCUGUGCUUGAUCAUCUUUUGUACCCCGAAAUUAUCAUUACUUCUUUGUUUCAAGGACGUCAUACCACACUACACAGUCUUGUUUAGAGUUCUUAAAUAAGGAGAAUAAACACAA